UUACGGUCGAAUCAACUAGAUAUUUUGGCUCAGUGAACGAAUUCAUAUUUAUUUUAAAUUUCCAUUUUUGUUUUUGCCAUAAUUCUUACCUAGUAGCCGGAAAAAAAAAGAAUCCUUAAUCCGGACUUGAUGUGUCAGAUUGACACACCGUAAAGUGACACUUUACUAGGUCCCAAUUUUGACUUUGCAAGCAGAUGUUAUUGUACAGGUUGUCGUAACAGGUCUUUGCAAUAAAAAUUUCAUUCUAAACAAUUCAUUUAGUGAAACGUUUAGAGAAAUACGUGUAAUAUUUUUGGUUUGGUGAUACACUUGAAUUUAUUAUUCUACAUUUACCAAAUGGAUGAAUCGUGGUUUGAUCAGUUUGGUAGUGAUGACACUAACACCGAGGAUGGUGACGACUAUAUUCCAAGUGAAAAUGAAGUUGAAGAUGAAGUAAGGGAUGAAUAUGAUACCGACGAUUCUGAUGUUGACUUCAUUGACCAAGAAACAAGAGAGGCGGCUGUUUUAGAUUCAAAUGUAUUGUUUUUAUCAAAAGAUAAAACAAUACAAUAUUCUAGACAAUCAAUGCCAAUUGCUCGUUCUAAUAGUUCUACCUCCUUUGCUUCCAAACAAGGUCCAACACCGUUUGCUACCGCUCGUAUAUCAGACACAUUGUCUGCUUUCUUAUUAUUUAUUGAACCAUUUGAAAAUACGGUCGUUGAAAUGACGAAUUUGUAUGGCGUUCGUCGCUAUAGAGAAAAAUGGUUAGCUGUCGAUGUAACCACAAUGCGUGCUUACUAUGGAUUGCUUUUAUUAGCUGGUGUUUAUCGUUCUAAGGGUGAAUGUAUUGAAGAAUUGUAGAAUGAUAAACAUGGCCGCCCAAUUUUCGCUGCAACUAUGGCAAGUAGCCGAUUCAAGGACAUCAACCGUUGUCUACGAUUCGACGAUAAAGAGCAAAGAGAAAACCAAAAAGAUAAACUUGCUCCUAUUCGCUUUAUUUUUGAUAAUUGGGUUCAACGGUUGAAACAGACGUAUAUUCCGGGAGAUUUUGUUACUGUCGAUGAGCAAUUGCUUCUGUUUCGUGGCCGUGUACCAUUCAAGCAGUACAUCCCAUCAAAACCGGCCAAAUAUGGCAUCAAAUUAUGGGUUGCAGCUGACUCUGAGACGUACUAUGCAUAUAAUUUGCAAGUGUAUACAGGUCGUGAUAAAAAUUGUGGUCGUGAAACAAAUCAAGGGGAACGUGUUGUUCUUGAUAUGUGUGAAGGUAAUUUCUUCGUAUAUUCUAGUUUUUUUUUUAUUUCGAUCUUUUUCUUCCGUUAGGGCUAAAUGGGAGAAAUGUCACUUGCGAUAAUUUUUUCACAUCGUAUCGUUUGGCAUGUGAGUUGAAACCAAUCUUACACCAUCGUCGAGCAUGUAUGUUGUCAUAUGUUCCGAAGAAACGUCGAUUUGUUACUUUACUUUCGUAUCAUUGGACUGUUCGAAUUGACAUCAUUGAUUCCGCUAAUCCUGAGAAGAAACCGUACAUAAUAAAAUUUUACAAUAAAACUAAGGGUGGCGUCGACGUGUUAGACCAGAUGGUUGGUACGUAUCGAUGCAAGCGAAAAGUGAAUAGGUGGCCUGUUGCACUGUUUUGUAACAUGCUUGACAUUUCUGCUUACAAUGCUUUCGUUUUAUUUACACAAUUGAAUACCAAUUGGAAUAGUGCAAAAAGAAGUUUUCGCAGAAGAUUACUUUUGAUAGAAAUCUGCCAAGCAUUAUUCAUUGUUUUCCUUAUAUGAAGCAACGAAACACUAGACCACGGGGUACAAAUGCGCUGGCUGUUGUAGAUAACGUCCGCAAGCAAUCAAAUGAACAACCAUCAACAUCGGGUGCUUCAAAUUCGCAAGAUGCACAUGUAUCAUCACCAUUAUUAUUGGAACACGCACCACCGAUCAAAAAAAGAGCCCGUUGUCACAUGUGCCCAUCUCGCCCAAACAGUAAUCUACACAGCAUUCGCUGCG